GGUUUUAAGAAAUUCAAAAUGCGUUCCUCAAUUUGCAAAACAUUUUUUGUUUGUUUUGAUUUUGAAAUUUACAGAAUUUAAAGAAUUAUAGUGUUAAUAGAAGCAUAGGACCUUUAAAAUGUCGUUCAAUUUUGGUAAUACAAGCGCACCGGCACUAGGAAGUACGAGUACACCAGCCAAACCCGCUUUUGGAUUUUCAUUCGGAACUCAAGCAGCCACAGUUACAUCCGCACCACCUGCUUUUGGUUCCAAUACAAGCACAUUCGGUACACCACAAACAAGUUUGCCAGCAUUCGGACAGACUAGCACAAGCUCCUUUUCGUUUGGACAGGCUCAGCCCCAACAAGCACCACAAACAAGUUUGCCAGCAUUCGGACAGACUAGCACAAGCUCCUUUUCGUUUGGGCAAACUCAGCCACAACAAGCAGCUGCACCGUCAUUUGGAGGCUUCGGUGGUACGGUCCAAGCCACACAAGCACCGUCAUUUAAUUUUGGACAGACAACAACUACACAGGCUCCAUCUUUUAAUUUCGGGCAAAAUACGCAAACUACUCAAGCUCCGUCUUUAUUUGGAAGUGCUACGCCUGCAUUUAGUGGCUUUGGGACGACGACAUCGAGUUUUGGACAACCUAAUGCAUUUUCUGGAUUUGGUCAACAACAACAACAAUUGCAGCAGCAACAACAACAGCAAGCUUUAUCACCGGAUGAAGUAUUUUCUCAAGCCAUUUUUAAUGUCUCAAUUUAUGGUGAUGAACGAGAUACAGUUCUCGCACGUUGGAAUUAUCUUCAAGCUCUAUUUGGGACAGGAAAAGCGAUGUAUUCUCAAUCACAGCCACCUGUUGAUAUUUCACCACAAAAUUAUUUAUGUAGAUUCAAGUCAAUGAGCUAUAGUAAAGUUCCAGGUAAAGAUAAUAAACUUGGAUUUGUGGCUAUUAAAUUUAAUAAGCCACUUUCACAAUUAAAGGAUCAAGAAUUACAGUUGAUACCAAAAUUAAGUCAGAUUUUUGGAAGUAAACCAAAUUUAAUGAUUCAUAUUGAUUCAAUGAAGUCAUUGUCGGAUACAGCAACACAAGUUGUUAUUUAUAUUGAAGAGAAGCAACAGAAUUCGACGGAAACGAAGAGAAUUCCAGCAACUGAGACUAGUGCUUUCCUUAAUCAAUCACAUUUAAAAUUUCAAAUCACACCAUUGGGUAUUGAGGAAGUAUAUCCAAUAAUUCCACCAGAUGAUGAUCAAUUAAAACAAUAUAUGGAUUCACCACCAAAAGGUGUUGAUGCACGAAUGUGGCGACAAGCGAUCAGUGAUAAUCCUGAUUCAAAAAAAUUUAUUCCAGUGCCAUUAGUUGGAUUUAAUGAUCUUAAAGGACGUUUAGCAUGUCAAGAGAAUGAGACGUCAAAUCACAUGAAUUAUUUAUCAAAGCUGGAAAAAGAUAUAAGUGAAUUAAAAUUAAGGCACACAAAUACAACGUCAAAAAUAACUGAGCAAAGACGAAAGCUUGCCGAAUUGAGCCAUCGUAUAUUGAGAAUUAUUGUAAAACAAGAGUCAACAAGAAAAGCUGGUUUGGCAUUGACACCAGAUGAGGAGCUUAUUAAAACAAAGUUGGAAAAUAUGCAUGCAUUAGUCUCAGCCCCGACACAAUUCAAGGGAAAACUUAAUGAAUUAUUAGCACAGAUGAGAAUGCAAAGAAGUCAAUGGGCUGCUUGUGGAACCAGUGAAUACACUCUAGACAAAGAUUCAUCGGACGAGAUGAAAAACUUCCUUUCAAUGCAGCAAAAAGCGAUGGAAUUGCUAAUUGAAACUGUCAACAAAGACAUGAAAGAUUUGAAAACUAUUAACGAAGGCAUGAAUCGUAUGAAUACUGGAGUUAUUAAUUGAGAUAUAUAAAAAGAAAAGAAACUAUUUUAAAUGUCUGUUUUUAAGAGAUCUACUGAUUGAUGAAAAAAGUACUUUCUUAAAUUUUUUAUCUUUUUAUCGCAUCAAUUGGUUAGAAAAUAAAGAAAUUAAAUUGGCUCUGUUUUUGUAUGCU